UUUCACAGAUGUCAAUUCACGCACUUUUAAUGACACGUGCCACUGACCAGCGGGAAUAUUACAGACUGGAUUUCAUUUGUUGAUUUGUUUGGUUACCGUUUUUGCAAAUCCCAUGUCUUAUUUAUCUGUUUGUUUACUGUACAAGAUCUGUAUUAUGGUGUGAGUGACGCGCAAUUCACCUUAAAACACCUCGACAAAAACGCGGCUAUAUGGCUUUAUGUCUGUGUCGAUACCGCCGGCGGAUCAUCUUGUUCUGUUCACCAUGCAUACUGCUGCUUCCAGUCUGCAUCUACGUCAUGAUUGCCAUGUCCUAUGUCAUGAAACACGGUGACACCGGUGGGUAUGCCGGCUCUGGUACCUAUGUCUCCACUGCUUCUCUUCCUGUACUGCCAGACCGCUUUAUAGCCCGUGGUCUUAAACGCUCCAAAGAUCUGGCGCCACAUCCGGAAAACUCUUUCUGGAGAAGUGAGCUAGAAAGCGGCGCACUAUGGAACAUCAUCCAGUACAUGAUGGAUCGCCAGCGCAACCCCAUUCUAAGUCCACAUCUAACUAUAGAAACAUCCAGUAAUUCUGAAAGAUCCAAAAGUGAGAAUGGAUGUUCUCCAAAUUCUAACAUUGACAUUACGAUGCCUGAUUUCCUCACUCUACCUACGCAGAUGAAGAACUUUGUGAGCACAAUGCAUUGUAGAGACUAUGCCAUAAUCAUAGACCCUUUAGAUGUUUGCAAUCAUGGACCACUUGCAAAGAAAUGGGCACCGACGUUGCUUCUAGCAAUAAAAACUCAAACUGCGAAUUUUGAAAACAGGGAAGCGAUAAGAGAAACUUGGGGACGUUCUGGAAGGAUAAAGACCCGGGAUGGGCAGCUAAAGAUUGUUCGAAGGGUCUUCCUUCUUGGGAAGUCCAAAAGCGAGCAGCAUGAAGAAAAACUGCAAUUAGAGAGUCAGAAAUAUGGUGACAUCCUCCAAUGGGAGUUCACAGACACAUUUUUUAACCUCACCCUGAAAGAUGUGCUGUUCUGGGAGUGGUUCUCAAGGCGGUGCCCACAUGCCCGAUUCAUCUUUAAAGGUGAUGAUGAUGUGUUUGUGAGAACACCUGCUGUUCUGGACUAUCUACAGGCUGUGGAGGCCAAUGAAAGCUUCUCAGAUGAAUCCAAAAAGAUGGAGCGAUUUGUCAUUGGGGAUGUGAUACACAAUGCAGCACCUAUACGCACUAAUAACACCAAGUAUUUCAUCCCGGAGAGCUUUUUUAAAGGGCUGUACCCUUCAUACCCUGGUGGAGGAGGGGUGGUUUACUCUGGCUCUCUGGCCCAUAGGCUCUUGGAGGUUUCACAAAGGGUUCAUCUGUUCCCCAUUGAUGAUGUCUACUUGGGCAUGUGUCUUCGAAGACUGGGUGUUUACCCUGUCCACCAUCCUGCAUUCCUUACCUUUGACUUCCCCAAGGAUGAGCCCAGAGAACCCUGCGCUAAUCAUACCAUUCUUCUAGUGCAUAAGCGCAGCCCAGCUGAGAUGUUCAAACUGUGGUUUGAAACCCUGAUUCCAAGUCCCGAAUGCAGAAACGCAACGCUCAGGGUCAAACCUAGACCUGACUGAGUUCUGAAGACUUUGACUUUUCCUACCUGAAGGAAGUUUUGACGUAUAUUGAAUACUUGAAAACUAGUGUUAUGCAAUUCAUGAUAUUUUGUAUAUACUUUUGUUAUUUUGAGUCUUGAACUAUUUUUUAAAGUUCCGUUAAAACAAAUGUAGCGGCAGAGCUUUUCAUUCAUGUUGUGACAUGAAGAGAAACUCAAGGUUUUUUACAUUUUAAUUAAAAACUGACGUAAAUAAAAAUGAAAAAUGGAUGAAUUGUUCACAACAAUCGUUCAUCUAUAACAGGGGUGGUCCAGGGGGGUCGGUGUCCUGCAGAGUUUAGCUACAACUUGCCACAACACACCUGCCAAGAUAUUUCUACCAAGCAUACACUAAAAAAAUACCUCUUAAUUAACGGUUUCUGAAUUUUGUGAUUCAUAAUGUAUGUUUUUUGCUUAUUUAAGGUUGUUAAUUGCAUUAUGUGACCUUGAUCUGGGCUCCGGCGACUUUUGAUAUUGACAUUUUAGUAGUUUGAAAUUAUUUAUUGUAUAACAAAUGAUAUAUAGAGAAAUGUCAGUGAUUUUACAGAAAGUGUGCUGACAGUUUAUUAGAAGGUUUAUGUAACAUAAUACACAAUAUAUCACUUUAAACUAUUAAAAAUGUUAAGAAAAGUCACUUUUUUGAACAUUUCAAAGUUAAAUUUGUUGAAAGAAAGAUCGAGGUCCAAUAAUGCAAUUCAAAAACUUUAAAAAGUGGGAAAAAAUAGAAACACAAAUCACAAAAUGCAGAAAAUUACUAAUUUAACAAAAGUUUUAGCAGUAUAGUAAGUACUUGAUGGCCUGUGUGGGUCUGAUUGGGGUUGAAGCUAAACUAUGCUGGACACCGACCCUCCAAGACCGAAUCUGGGCACCCAUUAUCUAUAACAUGCAUUUAAAAAGGUUAAUAUUUAUUUCAUGCUAAUUGCUGAAGUGUUACUGUCAAUUUAAUACGCCGAAACAAGCUAAAUAUUUUACUUGAAUAAAAAGAAGGGCACAACAACAAA